GCCGUUUUCUCUGCAUGCAUCUUCGCGCGGUGAGCGCGACCCCCCCACAGCUGCGGUGUGGGACGCAGGUUUGCCCGCAUGUCGGCUAAAAACAGCUCGCGUCUUUUCGCUUCAGACUGGCGCAUGCGCGCCGGGGGAAAAAAGUCCCCCAACGCAUCUUUCCACGGCAGCCGUGUGGCGACAACGUCUCUGGCGGAUUCGCGCGUCCGGAAGGAAACAGAGCGGCCAUUCGCUGGUUGUUUGGAGAUUCGAGUUGCACGAGGUUUCAUUGUCUGUCGGACCUGGUCCAUGUUUUCUGCUUUCUGACGCCUCUUCCGUGGGGAGCGCCGAGCCUGUACUGGGCGCCUGAAAUCGCCGUGUGGGCAACCGACCUCGCGUUCUCCAAAAUGUCGAUCCAAGUCUCCAACAACCAAGACUUCCAGCACAUUCUCCGUAUCCUCAACACUAACGUUGACGGACGCGAGAAGGUUGUCGUUGCGCUCACCGCCAUCCGCGGUAUCGGGCGUCGCGUGUCGAACCUUAUCUGCAAGAAGGCAGACAUCGACACCAACAAGAGAGCGGGCGAGCUCACGGCCGACGAAAUCAGCAAAGUCGUUGCUAUCGCCUCGACUCCGCAGCAAUUCAAGAUCCCGACGUGGUUCCUCAACAGACAGAAGGACGUUAAAGACGGCAAGCACAAGCAUGUAGUUGCGAACGGUUUGGACACAGUGUGGAGAGAGGAUCUGGAGCGCCUGAAGAAGAUGAGGCUCCACAGAGGUCUGCGUCACUACUGGGGACUCAAGGUCCGCGGUCAGCACACCAAGACGACUGGCCGCCAUGGCCGCACCGUUGGUGUCGCGAAGAAGAAGGGUUGCUAGACGUUUUUUGCUAGGUGUGCCCUCGUGGUUUUUCUGUGUUCUUUCGGUGUGUCAGCGUCUGUCCUGUGGGAGAGAAGCGGCGCUCUCUCGUGCUUUGCAGUGAGUCUGUGCCUCGGGGUGGCGCGGCUGCGGCAACAUGCGUGAACCGUAGGUUAGAUAGACUACACUCUUUUCCAAGUGUGGACGGGACGAACAGAGGCGGAGGCGAGGGGCUCCGAGAGACCAGGGAAAAACUGUGGCGCACUGAAGACUUGAAAUUCUUUCACCUAGAGAAACCGGAAAGUGCUCGUAUGCAUUACCCCGCCCGCGACACCAGAAACCCGACACACAUGGGAGGUCGGCGCCUUUGUUGCGAUUCCGCGUGGAUGGUCACGAAGCAAAUCACACACUCGAGAGGGUGUAGGGGAAACUCUGGAAAGGCUCUUGUACCAUCCUACUUUGUGUGUCUUCAUAGAUAUACACCGCAGGAACUUCAGACCCAGACACACAUCAGCUCACGAAAAGCGGAACCUAGACUGCGCAUGUGCGAUGGACAGUGAGCUGCUAAAGAUCUUCAGAAAUUACCGGAGGAGUCCAUUCCGUUAACACAGCAAACGCCAAAUGGGACUGUUGCGUAGGUGGCUACGAGGCAGUCGAGACUCUGGAACGAUCCCUGAAGUGUGAACAUCGUGAUCUGAGUCCGUAUAGCAGGGGUUUCCACUCGUAGUCAAGCACAAGGCUGUGAACGCACAGAUGCGUUGCCUCAUCGUAGGGGAGAGACGGAAUUUCGGUCUUUUAUGACUUUUUCUGCCGCUUCUUUCCAGCAGUUUAGGAUUUCUCUGUGGAGCGCGUCUCCCGCAGCCGAGAUUUUUUUCCUGCGACGCCCAACCUCCACCUCGCUCUUCCCUCGAGCAGACACCGAAACAGUCCCCUUUCUCCCGCCCACAGGUGGCGU